AUGGGUGUUGCCGAGCAGGUCCUCAGUCUUGGUCAGCAGGAAGGGGCUGUGCUCUUGGAUUUGACCUCGUCUAUUGAGGAGGUGUAUCGAACCUCGGAGGCACCACUUGAUGUUGGGAAGAUGGGCGACUGUUUUUACAUGGUGACUCCGUUGGGGGUCCGUCGGUUGCCUAUUGGGUGUGUUGCGGAAAUGGUCCUCCAUUUCGGGCUGCCUUGUAAGCAGGCUAGUCUUAAUGACGAGUUUGUCGCAGCGGUUAUGGAUGAUGGCACGCUUGGUCUCUUCCGUUAUAUCGAUGGGUCGUUCAAGGAGAUCCCCACUGACCGUCUUGGCUGUUCUGACGGCCCAGGCGCCUCAGAUGCCACCCCUCCCCUCUGGGGUUUGGCCCAUGUGAGCGGUGGUAAGAUGACGAAUUACCUCACGCUUGUGGAGCAGGAGACCAGCGCUGUGAAAAUGCCAAUUUCACCGCCGCCCGCGCCUCCACCGAUUGACGCGUCAUCAGUCAUCGCGGCUGUACAACUACACUGGAUGGGCGACUCUCCUACCAUGGUGGUGCUUAUAAGGAACAGACCUCCGCUGAUAUAUCGAUCAUUUCCUUGCCCUGGUCGACCGUUGGAGGAGAGUUUCCCAUACUCAUUUCAGAUGGUAGAGCAUAGAAAUUGUGGACUAGUUGCUGAGAUGAGCUCUUCUACUGAGGAUGCUACGAUUUGGGCGUCAUCCGCGCUGGUCUCGCGCUUUGACGGGCUGGGUUCGUAUGGUGAGGAAGGGUUGUUCAUAAUACCGGCGCCGAGAGCAUCGCCGUUGGUCGUGGUGACGAGUGGGAGUGGAGAAACGUUCGUUCAUCCGAUCGGCCCGCCUGGUACGGUAUCGGUUGCGGCGUUGAGUACGGGGUACAAUCCUGAUGGGCUUAUAACGGUGCAGUUGUCAGCUGCUGAUGAGGAACAGAAACAGGGAGGCUCAUCANNNNAUUUCACGACUACUGCAUAUCGCGAAUAA